AAUCACUCCUUCGUCUCCUCUCCAUCCGCAGCAUUCCAAUUCACUGAAGCUACCGCGGCGAAGAUGAAGUACAACCCUCGCGUCUCGUCAUCCCGGCGCAAGAGCCGGAAGGCGCACUUCACGGCGCCUUCCAGCGUCCGCCGUGUUAUCAUGAGCGCGCCGCUGUCCGGGGAUCUCCGCUCCAAGUACAACGUUCGUUCGAUGCCUGUUCGCAAGGACGACGAGGUGCAGGUUGUCAGAGGCACCUACAAAGGCCGGGAGGGGAAGGUCGUCCAGGUCUACCGCAAGAAGUGGGUGAUUCAUAUCGAGCGCAUCACACGCGAGAAGGUGAAUGGAUCCACCGUCAACGUCGGUAUCCAUCCCUCUAAGGUUGUCAUCACCAAGCUCCGCCUCGAUAAGGAUCGGAAGUCGCUGCUCGACCGCAAGGCGAAGGGACGCGCCGCCGCUGAUAAGGAUAAGGGCACCAAGUUCACCGCUGAGGAUAUUAUGCAGACCAUCGACUGAGAGGUAGAUUAAUUUCGAUUUUGUUUUUUAUGUCUUUUAUGUUGGCUCUUGCUUUGAUGAUUGGAUAUGAUGGACAUGAAAUUGCGCCAGACUUCGUUACUUUCUUAUGGAAAUUGCAAUAUGUUUCUGA